AUGAAGUUGUUUCUUUGUUCGUACUUCAAAAAGGUUGCCAAUUUAAUUCCAAAGGCUUUUGGCGAAUGCUCUGGAAAGAAGGUAUGCUACAUUCCAACUGCAGGUAUUCCUGAACCUUACAAAGAAUAUUUGCAAAAAUCUAAAGAUGCUUUUACAAGACUUGGAAUGGAGGUUGUUGAAUUGGAAGUUCAUACUGCACCCAAGGAAGAAAUCAAGCAAAAAGUAACAGAAUGCGAUUUAAUCUUUGUUGCAGGAGGAAACACAUUUUUCUUACUUCAAGAACUUAAGGAAUCAGGUGCUUACGAUAUCAUCUAUCAUGAGGUUAAAAACGGAAAGUUCUACAUUGGAGAAUCUGCUGGCACAAUUAUUGCUUGCAAAGAUAUUGAAUAUGCAGGACUCGUUGAUUCAAUGGAAGAAGGUCCAAAACUUAAAGGAAACUAUUCAUCAUUUGGCUUUGUUAACUAUUUUGUACUUCCUCAUUAUACAUGUGAGCCAUUUAGAGAAGCUUGCGAGAAUGUUAUCAAACAGUACGGGGAUAAGCUUGACCUUAGACCAAUUACUAAUUCUCAGGCUGUUUUUGCAGAUAAUGAUAAAUUCGAGGUCUGGACCGCUAGCCAAUAA